CUCAAACGAGGGCGCGCCGGUGUCGAGGUCGCCAUAACGAAACAGUACCUUGAACCCCGUCACACAAUUUCUGGAACCUGUUACCGGCCAAACCAGUCCACCAUGGCCAGAAAUAGACAAGAAGCAAGGCCCAGAUCCCGAUCGUCGUUUACGGAUGUCCACACGGGGAACACGACCGUGUCCAUCCUGCUCCGCGUCGUCGCGCAUCCAGUUCGCACGAAGCGGGCCUUCCCACCGCUGCCGAAAUCGGACGGCAUCGUAGCCGUUAUCAGACAGCACUUCCAUGAGGCGUCGCUCGAGAGUAGGUGUGGCCCGGGCGAGCAUGAAAAGCACACGCGAGUGAUCCGCUGCGAAACGCUGCGCCAACGCUGGGAGAGAGGUGAUGCUCGACAGAUCCAAGAAGCGAAGCAAAACCCCAAUGAUGCCGGGGCUGCCCCAGAGCACCUGGAGGUCGCAGAGGGUCGUACGAAUAGGGGUUCUAUUAGCUAUCAUCAUUUGAUCGAUAGUAUCACUAUUUAUAUUGUCCGGAAUGGCAUGCUGGAACCAAUACCCGCGGAUAUGCAUGAUGGAAUCAAUACACAAAAAGACAAACACUCACCGCAGCAUCUACCAUGCAAGCUGAGCUGA